GCGGCGGCGGCGGCGGCCCCUGAAGCAGGGUGCCUGAGCUGAGCCCCCCGGCUGGCGCGGCGGCCGCGAGGCGGCAUGGAGCGGGCGGGCCGCGGAGGCGGCGGCGGCGGCAGGCAGCUGGCCAGGCGCUGAAUCGGGCCCGGAGCCGCAGCCGGACUCGGGGCCCCUCGGCCGUUCUGGGCGGCCGGCCGGGAGAUUUUUACUUAGAGAAGAUUUCACAGGGAAUGUCAUAAAUCAUGAAGGGUACAGAUAGGGUGAACCUGGACUUAAUCACCAAAUCCUGGAAUACUAGAACUAGGGGGCACUCCUUGAAGCUUGAAAAAGGGAGUAUAAAAUUGAGACUCCUCCUGGGUUCUGUUGUUUCUACUCUGUUCCUGUGCUCAGAAGAAUAGAGAAUGAAAUCUGUCUCCAUCUCAAAAGGAUUAGGAUGAUGAUCCCCCAAGUCUUUCCCUUUUGAUUCUGGUCAGCCUGCUGAGGUUCUGCCGAGUGUAAUAGUAUUAGAGAAUGCUUCAGCCUGACAGUUUCAAUUGAGGACCCAGUCCUAACACUAACCUGACCAGAGUCUUGUACAAUUUCCUAGCUUGGAGCUGAAUCCCAGAUUAACCCCAUUGAAGUCAACUAUAGUCAAGUCCCAGACCCCCCUGUCCCUCACGAUACUUCACAGCCAAUGAACUCCAUGAACCCAAUGAAACCUGCCCUCCCCCCCACGCCACACGGUGAUGGUUCAUUUGCGUAUGAGUCUGUUCCUUGGCAACAGAGCACCAAUCAGCCAACAGGAUCACUCUCCGUGGUAACCACCGUGUGGGGAGUCAGCAAUACAUCCCAGAGUCAGGUUUUGGGAAGCCCCAUGGGCCCUGGGGGGAACCCCUCUGGUAGUCCCAUGAUGCCUGGCAUGGCAGGUGGCAGCCCUGCUAUGAACUCUCCUCAGUUCUUGGGGCAGCAGGCUUUUCCAGAAGGUGGUGCAAACAAGAGUUAUAUGCAGCAAGGAAUGUAUGGCCGUGGCAGCUACCCUGGAGGGCCUGGUUUCCCUACCAGCUACACAGGCAGCCCAAGUGGCCCUGGGGGCCUAGGUCUCCCCUCACAUGCCACCCGACCCUCCACUGACUUCACUCAGGCAGCUGCUGCUGCUGCUGUGGCUGCUGCUGCAGCUACUGCCACUGCUACCGCUACUGCCACUGUGGCCGCUCUCCAGGAGAAGCAGAGUCAGGAGCUGAGCCAGUAUGGAGCGAUGGGGGCAGGACAACCCUUUAACAGCCAGUUUCUGCAGCAUGGGGGUCCAAGGGGGCCCAGUGUCCCAACUGGCAUGAACCCUGCCAGUAUAGGAGGGGUGAUGGGCCCCUCUGGUAUCUCCCCUAUGGGCAUGAACCCAACCCGGGCACCUGGAAUGACUCCCUUGUAUGGAGGGCAGAGACUGCCCCAGCAUGGGUACCCAGGGGCCCCCCAGACACAGCAGAUGCCCCGACAAGGAGUCAAGAGAGCCUACUCCAAUGAGGGUUAUCCUGCACAGCAGUAUAUGCAAGGUGGCCAGUAUACUCCCAGUGCUGCCCAAUAUGCACCAAAUACUGCACAGCCAUCAACACCCUCCCCCUCAUACCCUGGCCAGAGGAUGCCUAUCCAGCAAGCAAUGGGCCAAUACCUGUCCACCUCGAGCUCAGCAGGACCCUAUUUUAAGCAGUCCACAGAGCAGUUCAAUGGGCAGAACACCAACUUCAAUGGAGGGAACUUCAACAGCUACAGCCAGUCCAACAUAAACGGGCCUACCCGAUCAAUGCCUGGCUAUCCCAGCUCACCACUGCCUGGGAAUCCUACCCCGCCAAUGACUCCUGGUAGCAGCAUACCACCCUAUAUGUCUCCUAGUCAAGAAGUCAAAUCUCCAUUCCUGCCUGACAUUAAGCCCAACAUGAGCUCUCUGCACCCUUCUCCCUCUGGAAACCCAUGCGACGAGCUGCGGCUGACGUUCCCGGUCCGAGAUGGGGUGGUCCUGGAGCCCUUCCGCCUGCAGCACAACCUGGCCGUCAGCAACCACGUCUUCCAGCUCCGAGACUCGGUCUACAAAACGCUGAUGCUGAGACCUGACCUAGAGCUACAGUUUAAAUGCUAUCAUCAUGAGGACCGGCAGAUGAAUACCAACUGGCCAGCGUCGGUGCAGGUGAGCGUCAAUGCCACGCCCCUGACCAUCGAGCGGGGAGACAACAAGACGUCCCACAAGCCCCUGUACCUGAAGCACGUGUGCCAGCCUGGCAGGAACACCAUCCAGAUCACCGUCACUGCCUGCUGCUGUUCGCACCUCUUUGUGCUGCAGUUGGUGCAUCGGCCUUCAGUUCGAUCGGUCCUGCAGGGCCUCAUCAAGAAGCGCCUGCUCCCUGCGGAGCACUGCAUCACCAAGAUAAAGCGGAAUUUUAGCAGUGGCACCAUCCCUGGCACCCCUGGGCCCAACGGAGAGGAUGGCGUGGAGCAGACUGCUAUCAAAGUGUCCUUGAAGUGUCCCAUCACCUUCCGAAGGAUCCAGCUCCCUGCCCGAGGACACGAUUGCCGCCACAUACAAUGCUUUGACCUUGAGUCCUACCUGCAGCUAAAUUGUGAGAGGGGAACUUGGAGAUGUCCUGUCUGCAAUAAGACUGCGUUGCUGGAAGGCCUGGAGGUGGAUCAGUAUAUGUUGGGGAUCCUUAUUUACAUCCAAAACUCAGAUUAUGAAGAAAUCACCAUUGACCCCACCUGUAGCUGGAAACCAGUGCCCAUCAAGCCCGACCUCCACAUUAAGGAAGAAUCAGAUGGGCCUGUUCUGAAGCGCUGUCGCACCAUGAGUCCUACCCACAUGGUGAUGCCCAAUGUCAUGGAAAUGAUUGCUGCUUUGGGCCCUGGAUCUUCUCCCUUUGCCCCACUGCAACCUCCCUCAGCCCCUGCCACCAGCGAUUAUCCCACUCAGAGUUCUAACUUUUCAGGCCCUGGAAAUUUCCCUGAUUCUUUUCCCCCCACCACCCCCAGCACCCCAACUCUUACUGAAUUCACCCCAGGGCCACCACCAAUCUCGUACCAAGCAGACAUUCCUAGCAGCCUCUUGACUCCAGAAAAGCCUCCAGCUCCUUCCCUUCCUGGACAGAUGGCACCAUCAGGCCACAUGGACCCAUCUCACAAUCCUGGCCAGCAGGGGCUGCACAAUCCCAAUCUCAGUGCCCCACCAGGGUCACAGCUCCAUCAUCGGAACCCUCCCCCCCCGGCCAGGCAGUCCUUGGGGCCAUCGGGUGGGGCAGGUCCUAGUGGCGAGCUGGCCUUUAAUUCUGCUACGGGCAUGAUGGGGCAGCCAGGGAUGCCCGGAACCGGAGAAGGGCCAGAGCCAGCUCUCGAUGUGAGUGUAGUUUACCUCUUGCUAACCAUAUCCGUGAAACUCAAGGUUAUUGAGAAAAGAGUUGUAGAUAGGAGAAGAAAGAUGAGGAAAAGGAAAUCCCAACAGCUCCUCCCAGAACUGACCAAUCCCGAUGAGCUGCUGUCAUACCUGGGCCCACCUGACCUCCCCACCAACAGUAACGAUGACCUGCUGUCCCUCUUCGAGAACAACUGACCCCUGAUUUUCAUUUGGAUCCCCCGGCUCAGGCUGGGAUCUACUCGUUGGUCUCAGAACUGCCAUGCCCACUUCUACCACCCACUCGUCAUUGCCCCUCGGUCCUUACAUACUCACCACUGUUCUCCCUCAUCCAGAAGCAGGGAAGCUAAGGAGUUUCAGCUGCCUGUACAUCAUCUUCAUCCAACCAAAGUCACUUCUGUUGUUGGUCAGACCUAGUAGCCACACACCGUGGCUGACCACUUCAGUCCGUCCUUCUUCCUAGCUGUUCUGACAGUUAUUUCUGUUGAGGCCCCUCUUCCCUCAGCUCUCUGCCAGCACCAGGACUGAGGCUUCCUUUUCUUGGGCCUGAUGUGUUCUUUACAUCUUCCUACUGCACAGGCCAUCCACAGUGUUCUAGCAGGAGCCUUCCCCAACCCUCCCUUGACUGAUACCAGCCCUCCAUCUGACUCUGGCUUUGAGCCUUCUGUUUUAUCUUCCCUCGUGAAUGUGGCAGAGUUGGGGGAGAAGCCGAGCAUGAUCUGUGGUGUUCUGGGCCUGUGGACUCUGGGAGGGCCCUGGGUUUUUUCUUCCUGGCUCGAUGAUGAAGUCCUACUGAUUCAUCUUUAGUAGUCAUUAUGUAUGUGGACCUAAAGGCUACAGCAAGCCCAUGCUACUGCCCUUAAUUGGGUACUGAGGAGCUGUCUCGUAGACUGGAUCUCUCCCCACCAGCCUCGUUCUAUCUAUGGCACCCAUGUUCCUUCUUCCCCACCACAAGCCCAAGUACAAGAGGCUGUAUAGGGUGGGGUUUGGGGGGAGGGAGGUGAUUAAUUACAAAGCACAAAAUGUACAUAGUGUAGAAACACUAAAAGCAGGGAAAAAGAAAAAGCUAUUUAAAGGAAAGCGAAUCCCUCUGUUGUACAGCCCCCCCAUUCCCCUAUUCUUUCCCCUGUUCCCAUAAAUGUGCAUAUUCCCUGACUUUGUAUGAGUGACCAUUCCAUUGGGGAGUAGGGGUCCCAAGCUUCACCCCUGGCAGGGAAUAUAUUUAGGGGGAGGGGGGAUUGUUAUUCACCAGGAUGUAGAAAUUCUUUGGCUGUGCCCCUCAUCCCCCAGAUCCCCCUUUCUGCAAAGUAAACAAGUAACAGCCAUGUUUUUAAAAAACCACCUUCCCUUUACUUAUACCACUAGGGAGAUAAUCCAAGUGGUAAACUGUCCCUUUUUGGAAAACCAUUGCAUCCAUCUGGCUUAUGGGGCCAGAGCCAUGUGUGUGAGCAGUACUGCCCAGGGGGCCGUUUUGUGUAUCCUGUUUCAGUAUCUAUAUUAAAGGAUUCCCUUUUGGUGGGC